CUUUCUUCGUCCAGCUAUCGCCCAAUCUUCCACCCCGCUCUGUGGUACUUCAUCCCGAUCCAGUGCUCGAGUAGAUAUCACCGCAUCAGUCGCCUUCUAACCACCCUACUGUCACAAAACCGACUGCAUCGACUCACGCAGCUCACAGCGCCCAUGAACCCCUACGCCGGCCCUUCCUCGAAUGCCUUUGCUCCCCAAGGCCUGCAAGAAUAUGGCGGCAACCUGCCGCCUCUGGAUACCAACUCUGGUAUUGUCAACGGCAACCCCGAAUGGAGGUAUGAGAUGCGUCGGGAAGCGCAGCUGAUAAUACCCAAUCUAUACCUGGGGCCAUUUCAGGCGUCGCUGAACGCGGCCAAGAUGAAAGCAAUGGGCAUCACUCAUGUCCUGUGUAUCAGAGAUCGGAGAGAAGAGAAAUUGAUAUACCCGAGGUUCCCACAAGAGUUUCAGUACAUGACGCUGGACAUUAGCGAUAACCCUGACCAAAACCUCAUCACACUCUUCCCUCGCUGUAGAGACUUUAUCGAAACAGCUUUGCUCUCGGGCGGGACAGUCUUGGCACACUGUAACGGCGGCAUCGCCCUUUCGCCCGCUAUCGUUAUUGGCUAUUUGAUGUGGAAGUACAACUGGACUGCCGAGGUUGCUCUGGCACACGUACAAAACAAACGAUACUGCGUCAGCACCAUGAGCAAUCAGUUCAAAGAGUACGAGCCGAUCUUCAUGGCGCAAAAGAUGGUACAGCUCGCGGCAAAGAGGGAAAACGGCAGUAGCAAGAGACAGGUUGAGGAAUUGGACGAUGAAGAAGAUGGUUACCGGAGAAAGCAUAGAGCGGCACCAGAGGAAGGACUGGACGUGUCAAUGGAUGACUAGGGGCUUGAUUGGGGGCUCUGAGAUAUUAUAUCAUAUGCGUAACGAGAAGACAUGUCUACAGUUGGCAGCAAGUGUAAAGGCAAGUUGACUAUCCUAUGGGAAUGGACUUGCGCAUCUCGGGCAUAUUGUAAGCUCCUUGUUGACCUGGCCACUGAAAGGCAAGCCUACCGAUCUAGACCACUCAUACUUUUCAUUAUGACUGCCGAGUACUCAGGCAUGAACUUGAUCAUAUACAAAACAA